AUGCCUAAGGAGGAUUCCAGGAAAAACAGGCAGGGAAGUGAUAGUAGCGGGGAAGAGCACAGCAGAACAAAAGGGGCAAAACAACGGAGAGGAAAAUCCUCAUUUACUUCUAGUGAUGAUGAUAGAAGUAAAGGGGAAAGGACAAAAAGGGGAGGCGUAGAAAGUAGGUCUUCCUCUGAUGAAUCGGAAGAAGGGGAGAGGAAAAGUGCCACAUCACAUAACAAAACUAAACGAGUCAAAAGCAGAAGGAUAACUCAAAAAAAAAAAUCUCCACACCGUUCGUAUGAACAUUACACUAGUAGCAGUGCUGCGUCCUCCCCAAGAAGAGGGAAGUCCAGUUCGGAAGCAAGAAUGAGAGGGAGGAAGAAGGCAAAAAUGGACCACUCCAGUAGUGGGGGGGAAUACAGUAGCGUUGAUUCAGAGGACAAGGCGUCCCAAAGGAGAAGCCCCAGCACCCCCAGUUUGAGCGCUCGCUCCGCUUCUGUUAGUAGUGGAAGCGGCCGUAGAGGAAGAAGUCAGGAGAAGCGAAGUGCCAAUUGUGUGAGAGAAAAAAGGGGAGGGAAUCGCCACAAAAGGGAAGAAGCGGAUGAAACCGAUGAAGCCGACUCACAAGCCAGCAGUGUCCGCAGUGCAAGAGGAGACAUCAGAGACAAGAUGAGUGAGACGAAGAAGGACAAAAUUAAGGGGAGAAAUAAGUCGAGCAGUGCUUCGUCAGGGGAUCCUGAUAAACGGGAGCCCCAUGAGAAGAAAAGGAGACAACAUAGGGAAGACGCUAAAGGAGGCAAAAGGGGCAUGCGAGCAAAGGAUAAAAACACAUCAAGUCAUGAGGGACACGAGAGGAAGGAACUGGACAAAAAAAAAGUGAAAAACGAGAAUAGGAAAAGGAAGCGACAUCGUAGCAACAGCAGUAGUGGCAGCAGCGGUAGCAAUGCCAGCGGAAGGUCGGAGGUGAAAAAACGAAUUCGACCUAAUGAGAGGCGAAGCGAUAAGCGAGAAAAUAGGAGCAGCGCGUCCGCCAGCUCGGGGGACACUGUCGAAAGCAGACAACUGUCCAAUCGUAGCGAAAGUAAUGACUCAGGGAGGAAUAAAAAAAAGGAUGGGAAGGACCACAUGUCGCAUGCGAGAAAGGAAAGACACGAUGAUAAAGAGCCCAAGAAGGGGAAAAGAAGAAGGCAUGAGCGGUCGGAAUCAUCCAGCUCGGGAAGCCUACGGGGACGGGGAAGGCAGGAUUCGUCUCCACGGCGUAGAAAACGCGGUGCAUCAACUCACUCAGAUGAAGCGUUGCGGAGCCGUGACUCCGGGGAUGGGACAAGCAGCAGCGGAGGCUCCUCGGACAGGAGAAAAAGGAAGAGAGGGAAAGGCACCAGGGUGAAGAGCAGCAGUAGUGCUAGCAGUGCCAGCAGCGGUAGCAGCCGUACCGAUGGCAGCUCGGUGAGCAGCUCCGAUGAAGGGAGGAAACGGAAAAAGGGGGCCAAAGCCGGUCGCAGAAAGCCCCGCCCAGCGGAGAUGGGCAACCACUCGCAGCCCCCGUUGGAUUCCUACGACCCGUUCGCGGAGGAUGAUAACGGAAACCUCGAAAUUAACGAAGACUUAAUCGAAUACGCAAAGCAGAAAAUUGCGAACGUGACGACGGAGGAUAUAGGAAGGGCAGGAGGAGUGUACAUACCGCCCUUCAAGUUAGAGAGGCUGAAGAAGGAAGUAACGAACAAGAAAAGCGCCCUCUACCAAAAGCAAGAAUGGAUGAAAUUAAAAAAAAAAAUUAAUAACAUAGUGAAUAAGGUCAAUGUAGAUAAUAUAGGAGAUGUAUGUUACGAAUUAUUUGAAUGUAAUUUGAUCCGAGGGAAAGGCAUAUUCAGUCGUGCACUGAUCCAUGCACAACUAAGCUCCCCAGCAUUUACUCAUGUCUUUGCAGCUCUGUUAUGCAUCAUUAAUUCAAAAUUUCCAACCAUAGGGUUACUGACUAUACAGCGUAUCAUUUUACAUUUUAGAAGGUCCUACAAAAGAAACGACAAAAUUGUUUGUCUCAAUAGUGUAAAAUUUAUUGCACAUAUGAUUAACCAAAGAGUUAUUCAUGAAAUCGUGGGUCUUCAGUUAUGCUCUUUGCUUUUGCAAAACAUAACAAACGACUCUGUACAAGUGUGUACUUUUUUUCUAGCAGAGGUUGGUCAGCUAUAUAUGAAUAUAUGUCGCAAAGGAAUUGAUAUCAUUUUCGAUCGACUCAAGGAUAUUAUACAAGAGGGAAAAAUUAAUAUAAAAACUCAAUAUGAUAUUGAAAAGCUGUGGACUUAUAGGAAGAAUUAUUUUCGUGAGUUUCCUACCGUCCUUGAGGAUCUAGAUCUCAUUGAUGAAGAGGAGAAAAUUGUACACGAAAUUGACCUUCUGGAUGAGACAUUUGAUACUCAGGAGGAGCUGAACAUCUUUAGGGAAGUGCCUCAUGAGCAGUACGAGGAGGAAAAUAUCGAGUGGGACAAUAUUGCCAAUGAGUUGCUACACGGUGAUGCCUCUGGCGGGGGAAGGAAAGGAAAGAGUGCAAGGAGUGUAGGGAGCGGAAGCGACGAAAGUGAUAAAAGUGAAAGAAGCGAUAGUGGCAGCGAGGGUAGCGAUGAAAGUAGCACGGACUCGGAAAAUGACCAAGGCGGGGCGCACUCCAACAGUGAUAGCACGGAUGGAAAAAGUGGCGGUACAAAUGAGGCCGAUGAUGGGGAGGAUGAGGACAAAGAAGAAAUAACCGACAUGACAGAACAGUACCUCAUCAAUUUGAGGAAAAAUGUCUACCUCUCCAUCAUGUCCUCUCUUAGCUUUGAAGAAUGUGUUCACAAGUUAUUAAAACUAAACAUAAAAAAAGGAUACGAAAUAGAAAUUUGCAAUAUGCUUAUCGACUGCUGUUGCAUGGAAAAAACGUUCCAAAAAUUCUAUGCCCUUCAGGCAGAAAGGCUAUGUAAGCUGAAAAGUAUAUACCAGGAAAAUUUCGAAAAGUGUUUUCAGAAUUCUUAUAAUACUGCUCAUAGAUUGGAGACAGCAAAAUUGAGGAACUGUGCAAAAUUAUUUGCUCAUUUGUUAUACACGGAUGCUGUGUCCUGGAGCAUUUUCCUCAACAUAAAACUUUCUGAGGAAGACACUACAUCGUCCACGAGAAUUUUCCUCAAAAUUUUACUGCAGGAGUUGACAAACAAUUUAGGCAUGCAGGCAUUUUAUCACAAAAUUAAUCACCCCGCGAUUGCGCCCUUUAUGAGUGGGUUAUUCCCGACCGACAAUGCGCAGGAUAUGCGCUUUUGCGUAAAUUUCUUCACUGCCAUUGGUUUGGGCGCCCUCACCGCAUCGAUGCGCAAGUUGCUCCAGGGAUGA